AUGUCCCCAACUCCCAAGCUCACCAAACGCCAGAAAAAGGGUUUAGCUUUCCGCGAGGGCAAAGGCAAAGCAAAAAAGCAAGAAGACUUGGAGCACGAUGUCCCUAUUCUCGAACUUCAGGACCUUUUUGAAGGUCGGGCUAGCAGUGAGGAGGGUGGGGAGGUCGUUCAAGGCGCUCAAAAGAGUGUUGGGGGGAAAGGAAAAGGAAGGGAAGAGGUCGUGGUUCAGAAGGACGGAGAGAAAAAAGGGCUGGUGGUGGCAACGAAAAAGAGAAAGAGGGAAGUUGCGGAAGAUGCACAAGGAACCGGAGAUCUAGAGGGAGAGGACGGGCAGUUGGGGGGGCGGAAAGUUAAGAGAACAAAGAGAGAUGCCAGGACUGUUCCAGAGGAUGCAGAGGAAGCUGAGCAGGCAGAGUCGAAAACUGAAAAAUCAAAACAACGUUUUAUUCUGUUUCUUGGAAAUCUUAAAUAUACCACCACCUUAGAAUCAAUACAAGCUCACUUCGCGGCAUGUGAUCCACCACCCACUGUCCGUUUACUAGCACCUAAACCAACUACCAAUAAACCUCCUUCAAGACCCACGAUCAAAUCCAAGGGAUGCGCUUUUCUCGAAUUCAAGCAUCGCAAUGCUCUUCAGCAGGGCCUCAAGCUCCACCAUUCCAGUUUAGAUGGUCGCCAGAUCAAUGUUGAACUUACUGCUGGUGGCGGCGGCAAGAGCGAAGUGAGGCUGUCGAAAUUGAAGCAGCGGAACAAGGAGUUGGAGAGUCAGCGAGUGAGCCAUAUUUCCAGCGUAGUUUACUUGGUGCUAAGCAACUUAAUUGUACAGCAAAAACAACUCCAGAAGAAAGCCAAGUCAAAAGGUGAAGAGCCAGCGUCUGGGAUGGACGGAACAAAGAGAUUCUCCACAACAUCAGGCGCCGAUCAGGAGGUGCAGAAAAAGCGGACAUGGACGGUCGGUGACACGGAAGACACUACGACACAUCGCGGGGGAAAGAAACACGCGAAGGCUGGUAAAGCACGGCGGACCAAAAGCAAAGAUUGGGGUACUGGCGUCAAUGCUAUCCCUGUUGGCUGA